AUGGACUUCACCACCAUCCUGAACAGGAAAAAUUCCGCCGCCGCUGCCGCUGCCGCCGCCGAGGCGCAGCUACAACACCAGUACUUUCAGCAGAGCGCACAGUUACACACCGGAGCUUCGCCGACUAUGAAGAGCGAAUCAGGUGGCUCGGACAACCCGGUGAACGCAUACCCCCCUCACGGCCCUCCGAUGCAAAUGGACGCGAGUCUUGCCGACGGCUUUUACUAUGCGCAGCCCACGGGCUCCACCCCCCGGAACAUGGCCUAUGCUCCCGCGGGAUACGCGGCCGACGCCCAGAUGCAGCAGGAACCCAUGGCCCAGGGAAGGGCUGGUGUGGAUCCUCCGCCGAAGACUUUCCAUUGCUCAACCUGCAACAAGGGGUUUGCUCGGCGUAGUGAUCUUGCUCGUCAUGAGCGUAUUCACACCGGCGUUAGGCCCCAUGCUUGUGACUGGCCUGGAUGCGGGAAGCAGUUCAUCCAGCGCUCGGCAUUGACAGUGCACUCCCGUGUACACACUGGCGAGAAGCCGCAUAUGUGCGAGCGAUGUGGAAAGCCCUUCAGUGAUUCCUCUUCAUUGGCCAGACAUCGUCGCAUACACUCCGGCAAACGACCCUACAAGUGCCCGUACGCCAACUGUCAAAAGACUUUCACUCGUCGGACUACGUUGACUCGCCAUCAAAACCACCAUACUGGUACAAUUGAAGAAGCCGCUGCGGAGACAGAGGCUCAGCUGCGACAAAACAAAGACCGCGGACGCCCCGGCGAAGGCAUGUUCUCCGAACACGGCUCUAUCCACUCUACCCCGUCACCCGCGCAACAUCCCUCUAUGUCGCCAGGCGGUGAACUGCCCCCAUUGAACAUGCAUCGAUCUGCUGGCGACUACUACAUGGGCACCGGUCCCAUCCCGCCUCACGUGCGUGGUGAUUUCCCCCAGGGCAGCCCUCGAGCUUCUCCAACCGCGACUUCACCUUCGCUUUCUAGCUAUGGCAGUGCACCCCAUGUUCGCCCUUCCAUGACUUCGCAUCCUUACGCUCCGCCCCAGCCUUUGGAGCCCCCAGCUACUAGCGAUCACCGCCCCAACAGCGUCAAUGGAAGCCCUCACAUGACAAGCCUCGGAUGGGCAUCUCCGUCUCAUGGCAGCAUGCCUUCGCCAGGAUCUGCUAAUGAUUUCACCUACCCUGAGCCUACUGGCCCGGCAUACCCCACCUCCAUGCCGCCACACAUGUAUUUCCCAAACUCCACCAUCCGGCGGCCCACCAGUACCGAGCCUGAUAACUACGAGAUGAAGGCCCGGGGUGACCACUCAUGGUCCACUGCUGUAUGA